UUGAUACGCAUCAAUUUUCGAUAAAAGGUGUCAAUAUGAAAUCCUAUAUUAUUUUUCCUAUAAAUCAGGAUUAGAAUGGAUAGAACAUCUCCAUAUCAAUCUUGUGGAAAGGAUGACAAUUCGAAAAAUGUGAAAACUGAGCGUGAAACAGUAGAUGACGCGAAACUUCAUCGGGAAAAUGUCAAUCACCCAAAACAUAGGCAAACUGCGUCUUACGAUAAAGAAAGUGUUGUUCCUUCGAGUAUCGUUCCGGGACCGUCGAGUGCAUCUUGUGCCGGUCCUGUUCCAAUUGGUACCAAAGAGUCGAAAAUGGACUCCAGUAAAAUAGCGUCCAUGCAGCAGAUAGUGGAAAACACUCUCAGUCAAGAAGGGCGACAGAGGGUGUCACAAUUGCUGGAGGCUGUGGAGGCGCUGAGCGGUGCUGAGAGGCUGUUGCUGUAUCUGCGGCUACCUACUGGAGUGCCUCCUCAUGAUCCCCUUAAACAACCUGUAAAUCCCUUAGGCUCCAGGGCGGAGUUGCAACAGACGGUGACAUGGAUACAAACCCACUUGGAGGUGGAUCCCGAUGUAUCCCUGCCCAAACAGGAUGUUUACGAUGAGUACAUUGCUCACUGUAUGAACUGUAACAUGAAGCCACUAUCGACGGCUGACUUUGGCAAAGUGAUGAAACAAGUGUACCCGACUGUACGGCCGCGCCGCCUUGGUACCCGUGGUAACUCGAGGUACUGCUAUGCUGGUCUUCGCAAGAAAGUCAAACUUGAAGCACCACACUUGCCAGAUUUGGGAGAAAGCUCUAAGGAAUUUAAUGCCCCAUCUAAAGAAAGCGAAAGAAUUGUUUGUGAUUGGGCUGAAACUAAGUUUGGUGUGAAGUUCGCGAGCGUGUUGGAACUGUCGCGUCACCUGACGGCGCUGGGGUCGCGCGCGCCGCCCGGACCCGCCAGCGCCUCGCCGCCGCACGCGCCCCUACACGGUCCUACGGAAGAUGCGCCAGGACCGCAGUUGAUAAAACAAUUGAAACGCAAAUUACAGGGUUCGGGCACGCCCGGACGUCCAAAGAAGAACAAAGGACAGGACACGGCGGGCGUGUCGCCGCCGUCCACUUCGUACAUGCCGCAGCUGGCCGUCAAACACGAGAGCGAGAUGGCCGCCGACACCGGGUACGGGUACCAGCCCGCCUACGUGCCCGUGUACGACGUGCGCCCGCCCUUCCCCUACACGGCGCCGCCCCUCGCGCACCCCCCGCACGCGCCCCCCGUCGCCCCGCACGACUACCGCCCCGACCCCUACGCCUUCGACCCCCCGUACGCGCCCCGCGACCUAACCGUGCCCGCCGACGCCGCCCACAACCUCCCCAUCAACCUCAGCAGCGACGCCUCCCUCGACCUGUCCACCGAGCGCACCGAGUGGCAGCGCCGGCGGCCCCCCGACCCCCCGGCCGCGCGGAUGCCUCCCCUGCCGGGGAAGAAACUGAUCCUCGAAACGUACCAGAGCGAGACGCAGGCCGGCUCGCCGCGCCCCCUGCCCGCCGAGCGUCCCCCCGCGGAGGAGUUCCCGCGGGCCGAGUACCUGCCCAAGAAGAUGCGCGCCGCCGAGAUGUCCGGGGGGAAGCUGGCGGCGGCGCGCCAGGCGGCGCUCGCGGCGGAGCCCCCGACCUCGUCAGCCGCGCCCGGCGCCGACGCCCUACGGUCAGAGGUUGCUUUUUUAGAGGAUCCAAAAAACUUAACGAACCGGUCCACAAGCACCGCCGCGGCGCUGGCCCGGGAGGAACUAGAGGCGGCGAGUCCGACACGGUCGGUGAAGGCUCCGACGCCUAAGAGCGAUCGCACCAGAGCACGCAAGCCCGGCGACCGAGCCGGGAAGCUGUCCCCGACCGGGUACGACGGCCCCGUCCCGCCCGACGCCUACUGCGGCCUGGACGGCAUCAACAUCAAGACGGGCGUGAUAUGCGACGAGAAGCACUCGGAAAUUUUUAAUCGCGAGCGCGUGAUCAGCAUCUGUAAUAUCGACAAGCACGACCUCGACGACUACCUCAACGAGGGCAACAGUCAGGAGCACGAGGAGGAGCUGAUGCAGUACUUUCACCGGGGCAACGCCGGCGACGCCUCCGACAACUCGGGAACGAACCCCAAAACUUUUUUAGACGCGAGCCGGGACCCACCCGACGACCACAGCCAAGGGAAAAAUGAGAAGUUAUCGCAGCUGCGCGAGCUUCUCGCUAAAAAUCUCAAGAAUCAGAGUGGGUCCAAUUCGAUCCCGCAGAGUAGUGCUACAAACGAGGGCCCAAAUUUACCCCUACCUAACGACCAUCUAUCGGAGCUCAAUAAAGGCGCUGCCGACGGAGCUUUUAAACCGGUAAACAGCUUGUCCGAGGUCGUCAACGGCUCCGCCGACGUACCCGAUACCCACGACUGUACCAAAAGUACGGUUCCCAUGCCCAACGAAAACGGAGUACAUAUCCCGGAGACGACACAGAGCUUGCUUCUCAACACCAUAGCGCCGACUCAGCUCUACAACGGCAACGUAAACCACGAGCCGCAGAGCCCCACGACUCGGACUCAGCAGUACGACUUUGUGCCCAUAUCCGAGGGCUGCCACUCCCCCGCCAACGUCAGAUCCAAGUCGCCCUCGAGCUCGGGGCCCCGAGGCAGCAGUCCGUCCAAAGCUGCCAAGCUGGUGCUGUGCGGCUCGCUGCAGACGUCGCCCAACUCCCACAGCACGGCGGCGAGUCCGUUCGUCAGCCCCCGGAACACCCCGGUGCCCCGGUCCCGCCUGUUCCCGCGACCGAUACCCAAGCACAACGAGAAGAGGAGGCGCAACGCGCUCACCCUCGGCGUCAACGACUCGUGCCCGAAGCCGUUCGCCAUACCCAACGACCAGAAAUAUCUACCCCGCACCGCGUUGAACUCGAAUAUCAAAUAUUGCCAACCGAUGUCGGCGCCGCCCUCGCCGAACAUACUGACGAACUACAAGAAUCAACUCAUGCAGAGCGGGGGAAUUACCAACGGAACUAACCAUAUGAGCCUCAAUUUUGUGCCAAAUCUGUUUCGCGAUAGUAUAAACGGCGACCUCGCGCAGCCCCUGUCGGCCGAUCCACUGUCGAGUGAGGUGAGUCAGUUUUUUCAAGAGCCCGUGGUCAACUACAGAUUGCACGACGUCUCGUUCAGGUCGCAGUCCGUGCCGCUGAAACAGGCCACCCUGAACGUCGGCCUGCUGAGCUACAACAACACGCCGGUCGGCUCAGUGCCGCCGACUCCAGUUCCGAACGAGUUCAGCGACUUCGGCUCGCUCGCGGAGACUUGCGAUAUAUCCAAAGCCGGCCUCAAUCCGGAAACGUUGGAUAAGAUUUACGACGCGAUCGACAGCAGCAACGACGUCCUCAACACCGCCGCGACGACCGAUCUGCUGAAUCCCGGCCAGGCGAUCACGAACGGCUGCGACCCCCUGCCCGACCGGCGGAUACUCGCGGAGGAGCAGAUGCACCCGUUCAUCGCGACCGGCCCGGAUCUGCUCGACAGAAACGCCCAAUUCGACGACUCGUUCUCCGGCGACGCGAACGCCGAGGACAACGUGGAGGAGUUCCUCAAACGAACCAAUAGCAUAGAAUUCGACCUGUCCGAUCUGGUCACCGAGAAGAGCAGGUACUACACCUCGAGAUCGGUGCCCAGCACGCCGCUCCCCUACAAGAGGACCGCGCCGAACUUGCAGAUCGACUCCAGGCGGUCGCGGGAGCCGUUCGCCGCGGACUUCGACCUCGUCUCGAACGGUAUAUCGUCGAAGUCCGUGCCGUCCACUCCGCAGCUCCCGGAGGACAGAAGCGUCUUCAGCUACAGCAACCGAGACUAUCUGAUCAACGGAAACUCCGUCGAGGUGAUGUGCGGCCCGAACCAGAUGAACGCCGUGGUCGAGAGCGACCAGACCCUCGCGUCCCCCCUGGACAUGCUGCGCGAGGACAUCCUGGAGCCCCUGUCCGGCCCCACUGCCGAUCUGCUGGCGGAUUUUGACAAGAUAGACGGUCCCCCGUACGUCGUCGACCUCUAGUCGCUGCACCUCGUCUACUAGUUAGAAGCACCGUUGUACAGCCGGAUAGCCCGAACCGGAUAUUUUUACGGAGUACAAUGUUUACUUAUACCUUCAGUGAAGGCGGACACGAUUUUUAUGUGUCGUAAUUUUGUAAUGAAUCGCACACUCCCAAAAAUCGAGUCAAUACAGUGUCAAUAUGUGAUAAUAAUCGUAUAUCGUAUUAAAAUUCGUUUACAUGUAGCGGUAAUAAAUAUUGUAGUCACAUGAAAUUUUGCUCGUUUGUGCGACACACGGCACCUCAUAUUUUGUAUAGAUAUUUGUAGGAGCACUUUCUAGGAUAUAAUUAUACCGAUGUCUAUUAUGUAAUGUAACUAUGUAAUUGAUUGUGUUAUGCGGUAUUUUGGGUUAACGCCAUACGUAUACGUGCCUACCGCCUGUAGACUACACGUUAUUCAUCGUAAAGUUGAAACAUCGAAAUUUUGAUAAUAGUAGUAUCGUAUCGAAUUUCCUAACUUUGUAUAAUUAUAAAUGUGAUUUAUGAUUUAUUUGACAUGAAUUAUAAAAUGCUGACCAAUAUGACGCGCUAUCGAGGCGGUUAGAGGGGGUUACAACAAAAUUUACUAGAUAUAGACUCUAAAAAUGAAUUUAUUGUAAGUUAGCACAAAGAUUUCAUAUAUUUUAUUAUCUAACAGAGAUAUUUACUGACAUUUAUAAAAUAACAUUUUGCAUGAAAUGCAUUAAACGAUUUUUAACAUUCGUUAGUCGAGUUUAACCAGUCGUUAAGCUAGAAGGAGCUUAUAUUAUGAAGUGUAAAAAAAUGUAUUGGAUGUUAUUAUUUACACACCAGAGGCCAGUCAAAAGUCGUGUUAAAGAAAAAUAAUUUGUCCCCAGUCCUAAUAUUUGAAAGGUGCAAACGAAUAGAUGCGUUUGCGUAUCCAUAUCCUGAUAAAAUUCCUAUUUGUUACCAUCAAAAUCUACAGUACCAUCUAGUGAAAAACAAUUAUACUUUGUGUUAAAAAAUUUAACCUUAAAAAAUUUUAGUACACAAGUUUAGGACUGGGACUUUUUGUGAAAUUUGACUGACCUCUUUUUGACUGGUCAAAUCAGACCAUAAAUGUAUCAAAAACGUAAUAUAAACAUUGUAUGUAUAUUGUAUAGUUAUAAUAUUAAUUUGUUAAAGCUUCAUAGAAGUAUUUUAUAAUUUUUUCACACGGAGCAUUGGAAAUGCCAAUUUUAUUGAUGGAAUUGUGCCUAAAAUUUGUUACGUUAGGAUGAAAUAAGACCAUUUUUCACUAUCUAUUAGUCGGAAUUUAAGUACUAGUACAAAUGAUACACUGAUUCCACAGGGAUAUAUAAAUAUAUUUAUGUAAGAGAAAACGAAGACUGUUAAAAGUUGGUAGAUAAUAUUUUGAUCAGCAUGUAUUAUUCAAGGAGUAUGUCUCGAAGCGAAAUUCAACAAUUUAGAUGAUUGUCCGAUUUCUGAGUUGUUUUGACAGAAGUUAAUCUAAGACAGCGCUGUUAAUUGGCAACCGUCAAAACUAACCAACCAACAAGGCUAUCUAAUUGAUAAAUUCCCAUCAGAGCAACUUAAAAACCUGCCAUAAAAUAAUGUAUAACUGAAAAGUUAUAAAAAAAGAAAGCAAAUCAUUUUAGUAUCGAAAACUAGAGUUUUACGCGCCUAUCUAUUACAAAAUAUUAUCAAUUAUGAAAGACACAUUGUACCAUUGACAGCGUUAUUUGAAUAUAUUAUUUGGUAUACAAGUUGAUGGGACCCUAAUAUGUCAUUUAGAUUUCAUUGGAAGUGUAACUCGUAUUUAUUAUAGAGAUCAACACAGUAUCUAUAUAAUAUAGGCUUUGGCCUAUGGUGCGGUGUGCAGGAUAGAGAUAAAAAAACUCCAUUGACCUAUAGCUGCUUGUCUCCUUCAGUCGCACGCGAAAGUAUUGCUAUCUCGCUCGGACGUCAAUAAUUUUGUACGCGUGCGAAAGAGACAUAAAACUCUAGGUCAAUGGCCGAAUUUCUCUCUAUCCAAGGCUUGAGUAGCGUGUUUGGCCGAAAAUUAUAAUACAAUUCAUCCAGAUUUCAUCAUAAUUAAGUAACACUUUUUUGACAUUAAUAUUUUUUUUAUAAAAUUCAUGUUUUAAGUGUGCUGUUGUAAUGCUAUUGUAAAAUUGUGGUUUAAGUGUUAUAGAUAGAAAAAUUAUAAUGAUAAUAUUAUGUUUAAAUGAAAUUUCAGAAGGAUAUGUUGUAAAUGAAAACCAUUAAGUAACUAAAUAAUAAUAUUAAAAUAUCAUCUGAACUGUGUUGAAGAAAGUGUUAUCACCGAGAACAUCACAAACACCUAGGUAUGUAAGCUAAAUUAUUUAAACUUUCACACAGAA